CGUAAUUAUAUUUAUGAUAUUUUUUUUUCUUUUUUAAUUUGAAUAGCACCGCGAGUUAUUUAGAAAAUGAAGUCGUAUCUUUCCCGAUAUGGAUGGAGUUUUAGUUGAUUCAGUACAUGUGACAUAGAAUAUGUGGGUGACAGUCUCCAAAAAUAGAUACAAGAAAAGUUUUUUUCAUGCAUUUAACUAUCAGAUGGCGCCAUUUGAAUCAGUUCUCGAUGUAAAUAGGAGGCGUCACCGUGUCAGCUGUUAUCAGUGAAACAGUAGCAACAAAUGUUGUCAUUUCGUGUUUAUUUGUGUCAAAACGAAGAAGAGUCUCAGCUGUUUUAUAUGCCCUAAUUUAAAUGACGUACCUAACAGAAGACUAACUGAUAAUUUAUUUGCCUCAGCUGUUUUAUAUGCCCUAAUUUAAAUGACGUACCUAACAGAAGACUAACUGAUGAUUUAUUUGUGGAAGUAGAGCUACGCUAUCAAGGCAUAAGAUGGUGACAUUUAAUAAGUACUUAUAUUUCAUAUUCAGAACUCGUGUUUCAAGCAGCGCAGUUUUCUUGUCACGAUUUUAUGCAAGACAGCAUUAUGUGAGAAAUGCUAAGGCUCAUUUGAAUGCGAAAGAAUCGGGCCGCUUGCCAUCUGACUGCUAUGCACAAGGCAAAUACUUGAUAUUUGUUAAUCAGCUUAAAAGCUUAUUAGUGAAUAGAGAAGAAAGGCACACAUUGAAACUGAUAUCUUACGAUGAAGUUUUGAAGUUGGGUAUCAAAGCUGAAGAACAUUCGAUACUCCUCAGCAGUGGAACCGAGGAUUGGAUAUUUGCUGUGGCGAUUUCGACAGCAGCCAAAGAGAGAGCUAAGGAUAUUGAAUCAGAAGUAGCUGGGAAGUUCAUACCAUUUAGGACGUCACUUUUUACUCUCACCCCUACAGAAUCAGCAAUAUCAUCGAAGGCUUUAGCUCUCCUAAAAUGGAAUGAAGAGUUUAAUUUUUGCAGUUCUUGUGGUCAGGAACUGAUUCCUGCACCUGCAAGGACACAGAAGAAAUGUGUUUCGUGCCAUAAAUCUCACUAUCCAGCAGUAAAUCCUGUUGGAAUAACUUUGGUCAGAACUUACAACAACAGCAAAAUUUUACUAGUACGUCAACAUUCACACCCACCUGGAAUGUAUACGUGCAUAGCAGGCUUCGUUGAAACAGGUGAGUCCAUUGAAGAAAAUAUUAGAAGAGAAGUAGCCGAGGAAGUAGGUAUUGCAGUAGAAGCCAUACAGUAUGUUAGCUCUCAACACUGGGCUUUUCCAAUAAAUAGCCUCAUGAUUGGUUGCACUGCAGCUGCAGAAGAACAGAUGCUCUCCAUUGAUCAUGAAGAAUUGGAAGAUGCCAAGUGGUUUACACCAGACCAAGUUAGAAAUGCUGUGCAGCGUGUAACUCAGAAAAACAAGGAAGUUUUAAAAAAUUCAAGUGAAAUUUGGAUUCCACCUCCAGGUGCUUUGGCUCAUACUUUAAUAACACAUUGGUUGCAAACACAUGAACAAUGAACCAUUUGGAUUCUUAUGGGCCACCUGAAAUGUUUUCAACCUUCUUGUUUUAAAUACUUCAGUUUAUGUUGAACUAUGGUAUAUUUUUUGCCAGCAUGCAUACGGUGUAUAGAGAAAAUAGAUUUUGUUGAGGAGUACAGAAAAAAAUGAUAAUAUUGGGACAAUGCUAAAUUAAAAUUACAAUAUCUUUA